AUGGCAGCUGCUCUUGUAGCCCUUCCCGUGGUGCAGCAGCUGAGCCCGCGCUGCAUCCGAAUUCUGGGUGGCAACCCGGGGAAAUUCUCGCUGCAGGGCACCAACACCUACCUGCUAGGCUCCGGCCAUUCUCGUAUCUUGAUCGAUACCGGCGAAGGUCGCCCAGCUUGGAUACAGGCGCUGAAGGAAACGCUUACCGAUGAGAAGGCGACGGUCAAGUUGGCACUAAUAACGCAUUGGCAUCACGACCACACCGGCGGGAUUGCGGACCUGGUCAAUGCUUUUCCCCAAGUGAAAAUAUUCAAAAAUAGCCCGGAUGCUGGGCAGUUACCUAUUCAAAACGGCGAUGCUUUCGAGGUCGAGGAUGCGACUCUAACGGCCUGCCACACUCCUGGCCAUACCAAAGAUCACAUGGUCUUCGUGCUAACCGAGGAAGAUGCCAUGUUUGCAGGCGACAAUGUCCUUGGGCAGGGCACUGCUGUAUUUGAGGACCUGGCGACGUACAUUCAGAGUCUGAAGGAGAUGAAGACACUCUUCUCCGGACGACUUUAUCCUGGCCACGGCCCUGUGGUUGACAAUGGGCCGGAGAAGAUUGCCGAGUAUAUCGAGCACCGCCGUCAGCGAGAGGAAGAAGUCCUACGAGCAAUGAGGGGCGGCGCUCCGGACAGUAACUCUAACGACAACAACAAGGAGACCUGGACGGCAAUGGAGAUAGUCAAGGUUGUAUACAAGGAUGUACGUGAAGAUUUACACAUGGCGGCUUGCGGUGGGGUUGUGCAGAUGCUGGCCAAACUAGAGCAGGAUGGAAAGGUCAGACAAACCGAGGACGGAUGGCAGCUACAAGAUGCUAAGAGCGUGAUAUAA